AGAGAAGUCUUGUUGCAAAAGAAAGUUCAGUUGCAUGCCCGGCUGCCGGAUAGAUCGACGCUGAGGGAAAACUUUACGAAUGGAGCGGCUACAAAGAAUGUUCGCCGGUGCCGGAGGUUCAUUGGGGCACCCGCCACCGGACUCGCCCACUCUUGAUUCGUCGGAACAGGUCUACAUCUCCUCGCUCGCACUUCUGAAGAUGCUUAAGCACGGGAGAGCUGGGGUUCCCAUGGAAGUAAUGGGUCUGAUGUUGGGGGAAUUUGUUGACGAGUACACCGUGCGCGUGGUCGAUGUAUUUGCUAUGCCGCAAAGUGGUACGGGUGUUAGUGUUGAAGCUGUUGAUCAUGUAUUCCAGACCAAUAUGCUUGACAUGCUUAAACAAACUGGACGCCCUGAGAUGGUUGUAGGAUGGUACCACUCUCAUCCUGGAUUUGGAUGUUGGCUCUCUGGUGUCGACAUCAAUACUCAACAGAGUUUUGAAGCUCUCAAUCAGCGAGCUGUUGCCGUAGUUGUGGAUCCAAUCCAAAGUGUCAAGGGAAAGGUGGUUAUUGAUGCCUUUCGUCUUAUUAAUCCCCAGACAAUGAUGCUCGGCCAAGAACCACGACAAACAACAUCAAACCUCGGCCAUCUUAAUAAGCCAUCUAUUCAAGCAUUAAUCCACGGAUUGAAUCGCCAUUAUUACUCUAUUGCAAUUAACUAUAGGAAAAAUGAACUUGAAGAGAAGAUGUUGCUUAAUCUUCACAAGAAGAAAUGGACUGAUGGGCUAACACUUCGACGAUUCGAUACACACUCGAAAACUAAUGAGCAGACUGUCCAGGAAAUGCUGAACUUGGCUAUCAAGUACAACAAGGCAGUACAAGAGGAAGAUGAGUUGCCACCAGAGAAACUUGCAAUUGCAAACGUGGGAAGGCAAGAUGCUAAGAAGCACCUGGAAGAACAUGUCUCCAAUUUGAUGUCAUCAAACAUCAUACAGACGUUAGGUACAAUGCUCGACACAGUCGUGUUUUAAUCAAACUAUGGUCAUCAAAGAACCGUACGUCCUCUGCCAGGAUUCUCCGUUGAAAGUUGCCGGGUUUGUGACUGUUGAACAAGCUAAAGUGUUUAAAGCUCUUCCAUUGCUACGAACUCCUGCCUAUCUUUCACUUUCAUCACAUUAUUAUUUUAUUGGAUCUUAAGGAUGAGAUAUGGUUUCGUUUUUAAAGGACAGCUAUUGGUUAGAAUGCU